UCCAGGUCAUCAUGGCUCCAGAGUUGCUCCUCCAGUAUAUGGAGAUCGAAUGAGUCGUCACAGUAUUUGAUACGGCCUCCUGUGUAGAGGUCACAUUCCUCUUUUGAGAAUGCUGAUCGUCCCGAAUAUUGCUACUGGUGUGGUACAUUCUUUGUCGACCAUUUCCUGUGGAUGGACCACCUGCUGAUGCACUACGACAGCAUCUAUCUGCCCAUGUUGCAGGAGCCUCUUGAACAUGCGUCUUGCCCGAGUGCGAGGUGGCAUCUGUCCAUGGUGCAUCAAUCAGGACCCGGCCAUCUAUGGAUUCGAUUCGGUCCUCCAGCAACACCACGAUGCCACCUUGGGUCACACCUGGCUCCUCAUGAGGCUUCUUUCGAGUGUCCUUUGAUCGUCUGUCGUCCAGUCCAUGACGACCUGUGUGCUUUCGUCGAACAUCUGCUCAUUGGACAUGGCUUUUCGGCGUCAGCUCCAGCGGAAGCCGUUGCAGGUCCUUCUAACACUCGGAAGCAGCUCGGAAGGAAGGCGUGUCAAGGGAUGCGGAUGAGUCUGACGAGUCUGAAGAUCCGGAAUUCCACCAUGCAGCAAAGAGAGCAAGAUGAGCAGCCCGCCACCAAGUUUAUAGUGGGGCGGUAUGAAGGGAAAGGCUACACACUAUGAAUGGAUC